GGACUCCAGUGGCCAGCUCCACUAAGGCUGCAUGGGAGUUGGAUACGCCGGAUUUCAGGUGACGUGGCGUCCCAAAUAAGGAUCCUACUUCCUUCUCCUCCAUGCAUCUCCUCUCUCUCUCUCUCUCUCUCUCUCUCUCUCUCUCUCUCUCAUUCAAUAUCUUAAUCCAUUUUUUUCCCCUCUUAAUUUUUGAUUAGAAGUCUCUACUUUCUACUUUGUUCUCCAUUAUCUUAAUCAGAUUCCCAAACCAGUUCCAAUAAACAUAUAUCCAUGGAGCAGUUGAGAAAUGAGGGCUUCACAUCUCUAUGAAUCACCACCAGCCUUCAAGUCUCAUUUAGCCUCUCCUUGCCUGCCAAGUGUCACCAACCCCAUUUCUUCAAAGACUCCUUCAACCUCUUAAACCCCUCUUUAAACUAAUCCUCCAUCAAAUUCAUGCCAAACCCAAUUCCUCACCCCCAGAGACUUUUGAGUCUUCUUCUUCUUCAUCUCUGCAAAAGACUCCAUCUUUUCUCCUCCCCCAACUAACCAACCCACAACCCAAGACCCAUUUUUGACCCCAACCCAUUUCGCCUGCAAUGCUCAGAAACCUCCGCCGUCUCUGCUCUCGUCUCCGGUGGCCGUCCCGCCGCCGGUCCCGGAACAAAGUCGUCAUCAAACGGUUCUGGAAAACGAACUCCAAGUCCCAAUUCGAGCACGAACCCACUUCCAACGGCUCGUCGUCGGCGACGGUUCACCCGAACGGCCAGCUGGGCGGGUCGGAAACUGAGAAGUCCAGGCCUAUUCGGGUCGCCACUUUCAACGCCGCCCUGUUCUCAAUGGCGCCGGCGAUUCCGACGCCGGAGAAAAUCGAGCAAGACGAAAAUGGCGUCAAGGUCGUAAAGAACAUAAAUUCCAGAGCCAAAUCGGCGACUGACCGACCCAAGAGUAUCUUAAAGCAGUCGCCUUUACACCCAAAUUUGAUGAACAACUCAGAGAAUCAAAAAACCCAACAGAAAUUCGUCAAAUCCAAGUUGAGGGUAUCGAUCAAUUUGCCGGAUAACGAAAUCUCAUUACUGAAAAGCAGACAGUUGAGCUUUGCUGAAGGGAGAGAAGUUGAUGAUUCUUCAUCUUCUUUUUCCCCAAGUAGAGUUUCAAGAGGAAAAAGUCCAUUGAAGCCUAGUGUGAGCUUUCCUAAUAAUAUCGGGAACGGUGGUGGUGGUGGUGAUGGAGAUUACUGUAGAAGCCACAGGACUGUUCUUGAGGUUCUGAGAGAAUUGGAUGCUGACAUUUUGGCUCUGCAAGAUGUGAAAGCAGAGGAGGAGAAGGAAAUGAAGCCUCUUUCGGAUUUGGCCGCCGCUUUGGGGAUGAACUAUGUCUUCGCCGAGAGUUGGGCGCCGGAGUACGGCAACGCCAUCUUGUCCAAAUGGCCGAUAAAGCGGUCUAAGGUUCAGAAAAUCUUUGAUGACACUGAUUUCAGGAACGUUCUAAAAGCCACCAUUGACGUACCCCAAGCCGGAGAAGUCAACUUCCACUGCACCCACCUUGAUCAUCUUGAUGAGAACUGGAGGAUGAGGCAGAUUAACGCUAUAAUCCAAUCGAGCAAUGAGCCUCACAUCUUGGCUGGAGGUCUAAAUUCACUAGAGGAAUCGGAUUAUUCUCAAGAAAGAUGGACUGACAUUGUAAAGUAUUAUGAGGAGAUGGGAAAACCAACACCUAAGGUCGAAGUAAUGAGAUACUUGAAGAGCAAGCAGUAUACAGAUGCCAAGGACUUUGAAGGAGAAUAUGAGUCGGUAGUUAUGAUUGCCAAAGGCCAAAGUGUGCAGGGGACAUGCAAGUAUGGAACACGGGUAGAUUACAUAUUGGCGUCCUCAAAUUCGCCCUACAAGUUUGUUCCCGGAUCAUACUCUGUCUUCUCAUCCAAAGGGACAUCUGAUCAUCAUAUCGUAAGAGUUGAUGUGAUCAAAUCGUAUAGUGGUUGUGAUCCAGGAAAUGUCUCCAGACGAGGGCAACGGAAACAGAAAGUUAUAAAGAUAUCGGAGACUACUCCAUCAAAAGGCAUAUGGAAAACAGAGAUAAGAUCAGAAGGAUAGAAAUUAUUGACUUUAUUUAUUUUACAGUUUAGCUUUUUAGUGUUGGUUUGUUGACGGAGGGAGGGGCAGAUGGUUAUCUCCUACACUUGGUAAAUUACUCACUCACUGAGUCACUGUUUAGGAACAGAACAGAUCAACGAAAGAGAUGAAAUUUGGUGUGGUUAGCAAUUUUUCUUCUUCAAAUUGUACAGCAGAGUGAACAUAAUAAGUAUAUAUAAGAGUGAUUUCUUACUCUCA